AUGGCCGACUACUUUAGCGCUGACCCUCGUUACCCGGCUGAGAUUUUUCGUCGGCGUUUCAGAAUGUCGCGACCGCUCUUUACCCAUAUAGCGACAACAUUGGCGGACCGGUACGAGUGCUUCAUGCUCCGGAGUGAUUGCACUGGCCGGAUCGGACUGUCUACUUUGCAGAAAUGCACCUCUGCAAUAAGGCAGCUUGCCUAUGCCGGACCGGCUGAUAUGUUCGACGAAUACCUACAGAUGGGUUCGAACAACGACAUCAACGUUCUGCAAUCGUCGCCUAUCUUCAAUGAUGAGUGCCGGGGAGAGGGUGCAGAGAUCAGUUUUGUAGCAAAUGGCACGCAGUAUCGCAGGGGAUACUAUUUGGCAGAUGAAAUAUACCCUCGUUGGCCCGUAUUCGUCAAGACACUUCGACAACCGGCUAGAGCGAAGAGACAAUAUUUUGCGCGAAAACAAGAGGCCGCUAGGAAAGAUGUUGAGCGAGCUUUUGGUGUGCUCCAAGCGCGAUGGGCCAUUCUACGCUGCCCGGCACGAGUUUGGCACGAAGAUGAUGUCGCGAAUAUUAUGGUAGCAUGUAUCAUAUUGCACAAUAUGAUAAUAGAAGAUGAAGGAUUUGCUGCAGAACGUUGGGCGCCGGAAGAUGGUGCAAGUACAAGUCACGGCGUUGCCUCCGCGCCGAUACAGAUGGGUGUACCACGUAGUAAUGAAUAUCUGAUCCAACGUUUCGCUGAUAUACGCAGGAGCACAACACAUGACCAACUCCAGGUCGAUUUGAUUGAAGAGGUCUGGGCACGUAGGGGAGGCGGCGUAGCGUGA